UAUAAGCCGUGAUGAUGACGCCUAUGCGUGUGUGGGCUCUCAUGCAGGUGUUUUCACGUGUGUGAGGAUAUGCGAUGGUUCAGUCCGUUUCCGGGUUGAUUUUGGUAGCAGGAUAGAGACAGCGGCCGGGUACGCGCCUUUGUCCGACCGCCUUUUGGUGGGUUGCCAUGACAACCGACUGUUGAUACUCAAUGCACGGACUGGCGGUAUCCUGCACACGCACACAUUCGCCAACGCAAUCAAGACAGGAGUCGUCGUCAUCCGGACCAGCCCCCAAAGCUACCACGAAUUUGGCUGUGUUGGUAGCCAUGACGGUACACUCUACUCGGUGGACGUGCUCACUGGGUGCAUUGCGGGGUCAGUCUCGUGUGGAGGCCCCAUCCGUGCAACACCAACUGUAGAUCCGCAACGGGCGCGCGUGUAUGUGACGACGCUGACUGGCGAUCUACUGUGUCUCGGCUUCAGGUCAUCUGCCACGUCAUCUCACUCAGACCCAACAUUGUCCUGUGCACCUGUUUUUAAAGUUAUUUGGACAGUACUAUGGACCUUUAAGGCAGACGACAGGCCCAUUUUCACCUCUCCGGCAUUGUGUUCAAAUGGCCUACUGGUCAUAACCGUUAGCGGCACCGCACACAUGGUUGACUACAGCGGCGUAGAGGUGUGGCGUAGGGUCCUUGACGUGCCUGUGUACAGUUCUCCCGUGGUACUGCACACAGCCACCGCUCACGAGUGCGCCGUCUUUGGUGCGCAUGAUGGCCACCUGCGCUGCUUGGCCAUGCCGCAUGGCUACCUUCUGAGUAGUGUGACAACGCGAGAUGGAGUGUACGCUCAAGUCGCCUCAAUCGAGAGCCAAUCAGAGCGCAGAGAACUAUUCGUAAUUGCCAUGGAUGGCACAAUUCUCGGCUAUUCCAUUGGUCCAGAUGGUAUCUGCCACCCCACUGGUUCGCUAAUGACACUACCAGCACAAGUAUUCUCAUCACCUGCCUUAGUGAGCGAUGCUAACGGAGGUAAUAAUUCGAGUUGA